GAAGUGAAGCAACCAAACGCGAUUCCUGAUUUUGUGAAUUUUUUUGUGAUGAAAAGCUCUUAAAAGAUGCUUAAACCAAAGGCAUUGACCCAUGUUCUUAGUCAGGCGAAUACAGGUGGAAUUCAAUACACGUUGUUACUGAACAAUGAGGGCGCUCUCCUUGCCUUUGCUGGAUAUGGUGACCGUGACGCAAGAGUAACAGCAGCCAUUGCUAGUAGCAUUUGGGCAGCAUACAAGAAAAAUGGUGCUAAUGCAUUUAAUGAAGAUAAACUACAGUAUGUGCUAUUAGAAUGUGAGGAAGGGAAAGUUGCCAUUACACAAGUAGCAAAUCUCCUGUUAUGCAUUUAUGCCAAAGAAAAUGUUGGAUUUGGAAUAUUAAAAGCAAAGGCAAGUGCAUUGGCAGAAUACUUGGAACAACCUCUCACACAAGUUGCUGCAUCGUGAACCAUCCAAGUCCUUCAUCAUUGACUCUUAAAUUAUCAUGAACUACAUGUAUUAUGUAUAUGGAGACUACAUUCCUUCCUUUGUGAGACCUGUGUGGAAAAUCUCACCGUGUGAAAUCCUGGACAAGAACUGUGAAGUGCGGUAAACUUUGGAGAUUUUCCCCAACAUCUCCUUUGUGUACAAAUUACAAUAUAUAGCCAUGUUUUCAUCUCCCCUCCUGAAUAUAUUUAAAAGAUUUAAUGAAAGAUAUGGUUGAAAAACAAUCUUGUUGUCAAAAUCUUCUUGUCAAAAUUCGUCUUUGUAGUUGGAUUGCAGAUGAUACUCCUUUGUACGCAGUUAGUGCAUCAGUCAUCGACAUGUAAAUAAUUUUUUGUGCAGAUAAAGUAUAAUUAUACAAAUGAA